AAAACAGUUGCUCUCAAAAAGCUUAAAAACUCUAAAAACAUUACUUCAAAAGAGUUAAAUGAGCUUAAGAUGUUUUAUCAUUAUUCUUUAAAUGGAAAUAAUUUAAUUUACGAUAGUUAUUCGGGUCUUGUUAACGUAUAUUAUGGUAUUACUCAAGAUCCUAUUACCCAAGAUUUUAUAUUUAUUAUGCCAUAUUAUAAUUCGGAUUUGACACAUUAUAUAACUAAAGACUUUUAUAAUAUUAGUUGGUAUGAUAAGAUACGUACGUUGCAUGAUAUUAUAAAAGGACUUAAUAAAAUUCAUGACGUAAAUAUUAUACAUCGAGAUUUACAUAGUGGAAAUAUUCUUUUAAAUGGUCAUAGAGCAAAAAUAUGUGAUUUAGGAACAUGUAAAUCGACAACUGAAUUAACAGAUAAUGAAGAAGAGAUUUAUGGCAUAAUUCCUUAUGUUGCGCCAGAGGUUUUACAAGGAAAAAAAUAUACCAAAGCUUCAGAUAUAUAUAGUUUUGGAAUGAUCAUGUGGGAGUUAAUGGUAGGAAGAAGACCUUUUUGGGAUAGAAAUCAUAACACAGAACUUAUAAUUGAAAUAUGUGAUGGUUUACGUCCACCAAUUAUUACAAAUGCACCUAAAGGUUAUAUUGAUUUGAUGAAAGAAUGUUGGCAUUCUGAUCCUAAAAAAAGACCAACAGCAGUUGAAAUAUUAAAAAAAACUGAGGAAGUACUUGUUAAUGAACAGGAAUAUAAGACUGAAAUUAUAGAAUCAUCAGAUAUUGGACCCGUAACAAGAAAUAAUCCUGAUGCCAUAUUUAAGAGUAGAUAUUUAAGUGGUAUGAUAAAAUCUGCAGCUUCUACAAGAAGUUUAAAAAGCCAAUCUAUUACUUCAAAACUUGACCAAUUUGACAACUACCGGAGAAACUUUAAUGUCAAAAGAAAGUUUAACGAUAACCAACUUGACAAUAGUUUUGACAACGACAAAAAUAUUAAAAAGAUUAAAAUAAUCAAAGAUGAAAGUAUUGAUUACAUUACAAAAGAACUUGAAUUUGAUAUCGUUACAAAUUCUAACCAAUCUAACGAUGAUGAAUAUAUUACUAUCGAAAUUGAUUUUGAUAUUUAAAGGUGCAAGUAUGGACUAUGAAAGAUUGUUUCUGUCAUUCACAUGAUACUGCUAUAAAACCAACAAUCAACCAAUCAGAACGCAAAUUUUAGUUAUAUUUUUUGCUUUCGAUUCCCACUUCCUGGUUAUUAUAAGAAAUUACAAUAAUAAAAAUAGAUGUCGAAAAUUACUAAAUAAUAUUUGGUAUGCCUUAUUUAUAACGUACGGGAAAACUUUUCACUAUUUAUUUUUGAAAGAUUUUGAGUAAUUUCAUAUUUUCUUACGAC